UUUAUCUGCUAAGUAUUCAAUUAGAUUAGUUUUAAGCUUUUUUUAAAUCAAUUCUCUAAUAGAUCUUAAGCAGCAAACCGUUUUCCUACGACCAAUUGAAAACAUGGCUUUGAUGAAGCGGCCCUUAACUAAGGAGACAACUUUUAAUGAAAAUAACAACAAUAACAUUAACAGCACUCACAGUUAUACGAAGCUGGAUAAGGAACAUGAGAUCGCUGUUAAACGUAAAAAGCGUACGCCACCUGACGACGAUACUAACAAUAAUAAUAAUUAUAAUAAUAAUAUUAAUAACAAGAGCAAUAGCAAUAGCAAUAGCAAUAAUAACAACAACUAUACCACCACAAAUAUCAACUUAAAUAUAUUAACUAAGUUAGAUGAAAGAGCUAACGUACCUCAAAAGAAACGUAACGCACCUAUAACCGUUAACGGUGAAUUCGUUAGAUCAUCUAAGGAGGAGCAAGAGCAAGAAGAUGAUGAGACUUUAAUACGUGAGACUCAAGCAGCACUGAAAAGUUUAUCGGGCAGUUGGCCGGCAGAGGCGCGCAACAAUCCCUAUAGGCUAAAUGAACAAGAUGAAAAUCCGCCGGCAUUUCAAAAUCUCUUUGAAGAGAAUCGAAAACAAAAGGAAAACGAUCAGGCGCGCAUGAAUGCACCGCAAAAUGCAGAAAUAUUCUCGCAUGAUCAACGCAAAAGAGGGACCUUUGAGUCAACGUCCGCCUUUAAACCGCCCAAUGAUAUAAAACGUAACAGUUUAAUCGGCUAUUCUUGUUCAACAUAUUCACCUUACAAUGUAGCAGAAUCGUCGGCAAUUUUCUUAAAUUACCCGCCACCAACGAUUCCCCCGUCAAAUCUUGGCAACCCACCCAACAGUGCGGGUGGGCUUGAAACCAAUCAUCAUUCCGAUGAAGUCAAAGAAUCAAAAGAAUCUAUUAAGCCACCGAAAAAUUCUGUUACAAUCAAUAGCAGUAGUGGUAAUAAUCAUAAUAAUAAUAAUAAUAAUGACAACAAACAUUAUACGACCUUACAGCCAGCUGGUAUGGGUAGUCGUGCAGCUUCAGUCAUGCAAGAUAUAAAUCGCGAAGCGACCGGCGAAUCACAAAUCAAUUCGACGAGCAAUUUGAUACUUCCGCCAAUAUAUUCACCGGGCAAUCUUAAUCGCGAUGGUAAUAAAUGUCCUACGCCCAACUGUCGUGGUCAGGGUCACAUAACGGGCUUGUAUUCACAUCAUCGAAGUUUAUCAGGUUGUCCGAAACGUGAUAAAGUUACAACAGAAUCUGUGCGUGGUAAAGAUUUACAUCAUUUGGAAAAAUUGAAAAUCACUUCGAAUCAGUACUUGAAUAACAUCAACAACAAUAAUAACAAUACCCAGUGUAUUAAUCAUAAUAAUAGCAAUAGCAGCAACAGCAAAUUAAGUCCUACAUCCAACAACAAUAUGCCAAUUAUUAAAUCAGAAUUCAGUCCAGUGGCAAAUAUUAAAACGGAAUACAAUAAAAGUCCAAUGCAUUCUUAUUUGACGAAUGAUUCAAAUACUGCGGGGCGUACAAAUAAUGCCGCUACCGGUGGCUCAUCCAACAAUACGUCCUCCAAUGUUGGUCAAACUACGGCAAACAAUUCAACCGGAACUCUUCAACAGCAACAACAACAGCAACAACAACAACAUAACGAAAUGACACGCUAUGUGGGCAUGCAGGCGCAUACAAUGGGCGACCAACAGAGUCCACACAAUUCGCAGCAAAGUUUGCAUCAACAACGCGGUCCUUUCAUUGAAAAUUCUUCCGGUUUAAUGAUGCCGUCGGGCAAUGGCACAUCCUCUGACGCCGGUGAUACCUACCAUAAUGAUCAUCAUGCACAGCAAGCACAACAAUCACAAAAUGAGCAACAACAACAACAACAACAGCAACAGCAACAAUAUGAACAAAUACGUUACGGUCAUCAACAGCUAUCGAAUGGUGAAACAAUAAACAAGCCGCCCACGUCCUUUACCAGUGAAAUGCUAACUAGCAGCAAUGGUAACAGUGGUAAUCUUUCGCCUAGUUCUCGCAGUUACGAUCCCCAUCCGCCAACUUCGAUAUCUUCAAGCGUAUCAUCUCCCUAUGUGGAUUCGUCGACAGCAGCAGGCGUUUCUGGCUUAAGUACUGCUUUCGAGCGCUACGAUCCCAACUGCAAUGGUCAAAGAACUGGGAAUAUGUAUCCGUAUUUGCCUCAGACAGCAGAUGAUUUACAAGCUCAACAGCAUAAGUACUUGCAAGAUCAGCAAUUAUUGAUGGCCAAAGUAGAGCAAGACGAAAUGGCUAACGGCGGUCCCAUUUAUCCUAGACCUAUGUAUCAUUACGACCCAAGUAUGGGACCGCUGCCACCUGGUUUCUCGGCCAUAAAUUUAUCAGUUAAAAUGGCUGCCGCACAAGCAGCCGCUGCAGCUGCAGCAUAUCAAAAUCAGCAACAACAACAACAGCAACAGCCCCACCAACCACAAUCGACAUCCACACAACAGCCACAGCAGCAACCUAAACAGAGUGGCUCACCCUCACCUUCAGGAGCACCAGCUGUCGAUCUCUCGGCUUCAAAUUCCGUCACAUCCUCCAGUCCACACGGCUACAAUUCACCAGCGUCUCAUAAUCAAUACAAUCAGCGCAUCGGAACGACUAGCCCUCAGCCCGGUGCUAGCCCCAAUGUAGCCAGUCCACAAGUGCCAAGUCCUCAAGGGCAGACAUUGGAUUUAAGUGUUACUCGAUUACCGCACAGUAUUAUUACUAGUCCACAAUAUGGUACACAUCCGGAUGGUGUAGUGGUGGGAACGCAUCCACCAGGUUUUGGCCCAGGUUUGCCUACGGCAGCGGCAAAUGGUACACCUCGAACACCUCCAAUGGAUCCAGUUGAUUUUAGUGGCCCUCCUCGUCCCUUAGGAUUCGGACUUGUGGGUCACAUUGGUGGCCCCCGGCCUUACAGUCGUGAGUCAACUCCAGAUAGUGGCGGCUCACACUACAUUGACAGUUAUCGUGAUCCCAGCGGCUAUUCCCCACAUCCUGGUUAUGGUAUGGUAGUGCAAUCUGAUUAUCCCCCAACCGGCUAUCAUGGUUACGGUCCAGCAGCAUAUCAAUGUAGCAAUCCUUACGCAACGGCCGUAGGUCCAGGCGGAUAUCCAACACCAGUUUCGGGUGGCUACUCUACUAGUCCGGCUUCCUGCUACUCAAUGCCACCUCCACAACACAUACCACAGCACGACAAAACAAAGGAUAGCUUAACCGGCUGCCCGCGCACAGACCGCAAUCACUUGCAGCCACAUUCACAAGAACUUAAAUGUCCGACACCAGGCUGCGACGGUUCAGGCCAUGUUACCGGCAACUAUUCUUCCCAUCGUAGCUUGUCCGGUUGUCCACGUGCCAACAAACCCAAAAGCAAGCCUAGAGAUGGGCAAGACUCCGAACCACUGAGAUGUCCAAUACCGGGUUGCGAUGGUUCCGGCCACUCAACGGGUAAAUUCUUAUCGCAUCGGAGUGCUUCUGGCUGUCCGAUCGCUAAUCGUAAUAAGAUGCGGGUCUUGGAAGCUGGUGGUACUGUAGAGCAGCAUAAAGCAGCCGUUGCUGCAGCGACAGCUAUGAAAUUUGAUGGCUGCGGUUCCGCUUCGCAGGCAAUUAAGAAACCUAAAUUUGAUGAGGUCACUAUGGUGUAUCCUAAAGGCUAUACAGUCGGAAUGGAUAUGAUGAUGACUGGUGUGGGCUCAGCGAUUGCAGCUUCCGCCGCCUCUUCCAACAAUGCCAGCAGUUCGUCGGCCCUUUCAAGCGUUUCUUCGACAGGCUCUUCAAUUAUACCGGACGGUAUGCACUCGACAUCAACGACCGGUAAUGGCAUUAACACUGCAACAAGUGACGGACGCACCGAACCAAGCUCGGAAGAUCUUAAUACCUUAGAAGCGGAAAUCUCCGAGUUGCAGCGAGAGAAUGCGCGGGUUGAAUCGCAGAUGCUGCGCCUGAAGUCAGACAUAAAUGCCAUGGAGUCACAAUUGAACACUAGCGAUAGGGAGACUUCUCCGAUGAGUGCUCAUCAACAGCGUGCUCUCGCUGCGGUGACUGGCAGCGCUGGAGGAACAACAGCUCUUGCAGCAGUCUCCUCCAGCACCACGGCCAGCACGCUUAGUAGUGACAACCUCAACAACGGCUCCGGUACGAACAACUCCAACUCAAACUCCACCAUCCCGAACGCCUUCACCGGCCUUAACACCGGCCAUUUAAACGAAACAAACAAUAAUAACAACAAUAGCGCUAAUAAUAAUCUUACGCAUAAUGCAGUUUAUGAGACGCCAUCGACGGUAAGCUCAACUUCUACAACUUCAACAGUUCCUUCUAAUAUAAAUAAUUACUACGAAAGUCUACGCAAUAAUGUCAUUACAUUAUUGGAACAUGUACGAAUACCGCCAGCUGGCGGACACGCACCUACGGCUUCAAUGUCUAAUAGCAAUGUAUGUACAUCAAAUGUCAGUAAUCAACCGCCAACCGCGUACACUACACACCCGACCUUAAUACCACCGAGUCCAUUGGCUACACCUUCUGUUGCAGCCAGUAGCACUGGUGUUUCUAUGUACGGCAGUGCUAUGCACCCGUUAUCAUCGGCACAUUCGGCUGCUAUGCCACCACCGCCACCACUGCCAGCAGCGUCAACAGGCCCAACUGCCCUACCACCGUUAUCACAUGCAACAGCAGCCCCCCACCAUCCAUACACUGUUCAUCAUCCAGCCGGCUAUCCGCAUCCGGAACCAUUUGACUCAUAUCUAUCAAAAUUACAAUCUCUUUGCGUACCUCCUGAUGUUUAUGCUCUGCCCGACGACGGUACACGGCCCGUAUACGAUACGGUCAAAUCAAGUUUACAUCAAGAUUAUACUGUCAUGCCAACAGCUAUUUAAAUAACAUACUACUACUAGAAGUUCGUGCAAGUCGACCGAAAAACAUGACUAACUUAAAAAGAUGAUUGCAAAUGAAUUGCUUCUUCUUCUCCGAAGCGUUUCUUGUCCGCCUCUUUGUUUUUAUCUAAGUUCUUCUUAAAUUUCUGCAAGUACGUUUAAUUAGUCUACACUAAGUGUUCGCGUGAAGAAACACACCAACAUUUCUGCCUAGCAUGAGGGACUAGAAUAUAUGGGACUAGAAAUUCUUAUGAAAUCAACACAUACGUUAAUAUGUCUAUGGGUCUAACGAAAAGACAUUAGCAAGAGACUCAGCACAGGCUAAGCAACUAAGCCAGCUAACUAUAGGUUGGAAACGGCGUCAACUGAUUAUAAAGGUGUUACGAAUAAAACUGAGUUUCCAUAAUAAAUACGGACCAAAGAACGUUUUAAAUAGGAUUUUUCCAGAUGACUUAUAGCGCACUGUACACGAUGAUCAAUGCCAAGUAAGGAAAUAGUUGCGUAUAUUAAAAAAAAAAAAAGGAAAUUAUACAAUAUCUGGUAGUCUCUCUAAUGCUCACUUUAUAAUACGGCAAUAACUCGUAAGCGUUGGACAUAAUGUUGCAAAAACAUCAUCCAUAUCCAAAAUUUGAACUGUACAGUCAGAUUUUUAAGCGAAAGAAUUAGUUUAUCAAUUGAUCGGUUAGAAUAUUUUUAAUAAUAUAAUGCUGUGAAAACUUACAAACACCUUUCAGAAGAGCAGAACUAUGGGAAUGUAAAUUAUGGGAAUCUGUGCGAAUUUCUUCGCAUAAAGAGUUACAAGUGUGUUAUUAAUAUAUAACGCGAAAGCACAUUUAAUGAAUACAUUUUGCUACACUACUAGACACUAGUUCUGACUUGACUUUAGUAGAAUAGAGUUUCUGCCUCUUUCGCCUUUUCUAGACUUCAACAAAAAUCACUGUCCCAAGCAAAACGAUUACCUUAAUAACGUUUCAAAAAUAACAGAACAUAAGCGUUCUAGUAAUCAACAAGCACUUAGAGAGGAGCAGGGUACUCGACGUUAACACAGCGGAAAUCUCAAAAAUAGGGGAACAUUUUAAGGACUUCCGAAGGUAAUCUUCAAUAAAACAAAAUAGAAAAGAGUCGCGUCGAAACUAAUCGUAUUGUGUGUGGAAACCUUUUCCGCCUAUUUUCCGUUAGAAAUGGUCUUUUCCAUUGUGAAUUUUUAUCUCAUCAGUUAUUUUAAUAGAUACUGUCACACUGCUUGAAAGUUUGAAAACUUCGUUUUGAAUGCUCUUGGCGAUGUAAUAAGAUUAACGUACGUAGGAGCAGGGCCUGUUUUGCUGUUGCCGAAAACGGAAAUUUUUUUUUUACCGUGACUGGCUUUUCAUACCCUGCUGCACUUGUGGUGCAAUGGUACUAACAAGUCUGUGCGGAUGUAGCACCCGGAAACACUUGAAAUGGACCCACCUUAUAUUAAACCAAUCGAUACAGAAUCACAUUCAAACAAGUCAACAGCCCACCAACAACGACGAAACAGACGACGUAUCAGGUUUCCUGCUGCAUUCAUAGGGAAAAUGCGCCUGUAAAAUACCGCAAUUUAGAAUAGGCAAGUUAUUAACAUUGUAGGGAAACUCGAAUAGCUGUAGAAUGCCACUUAGAAGAGGCGACUGAGUGUAAAGUUCUUAUGAGUAAAUGAAACUAAAGCAAACUAUCACAAUUGAUGCAAUAGGAAGCGUUUGCAGCACUAAACUGAAAUAUAUUUUCCGAACCAUUGGGCUCAUCGGAUAAUGCUCGUUACGAACUAGUUUCAUUCGAUCGUUUACUGUCCCUGCGAGUGAUGCCCCGAUUCGCGUCAUGGCACCUAAAAAAUUUUACUUUUUGUGGUUAGUUUAAAAAGUCACAUGUUCACAGAGCCAAUUUAUACAUAGUUAUUCCAGUAGUGCAACUGACAGGUUUACCUAAAUCCAACGUGGAUACUAGGAGUUAUACGAUCUAUGCAUUUUGUUUAGUAAGCGUUCAGGUCACGGCAAUUUGUUUAGCUUUUCACUGAUUUCUGGUCGCUUCAAUGUCAAUUGUAAAGUAUUCACGCUUGCACUAAUUUACGAUCAGUGUUGUCAAACCUCGACCAACAACAAAGUUCAUAUAUAUUUGAACAAAAAUUUGAUUCAUAAUAUAUUCGCGUCUAUAGGAUUUUAAAAUGAGAAAAUUGACGGUUAUAGACGAGACCGUUGCAAAUAAUCUGAGUCGACUUGGCUUCAUUCUUAAGAACUGAUCAUUUUUUCGAUCCCGUUUUGAUUCGUUUUGGAACGUGUUGGUCUUGAAAUAAAUGAUCGUCGUAACUGGAAUAAUAAAAAGUCGCUGACCGAAUUACUUAUUGCAAUCGAAGUUCCGAGGUCGAGGAUGUCAUCGUUCCGUUUAGUGGUCGCAAAAGUGAACGCAGACACGAUCAGCCUUUCCCGCAUAAUUUGUUUUUAAUUGUUAAAAAGAAUUUCAUUUCUUCAAUGGAAUUUUGCAAAUCAUCUCAGAACCUGCAUCAAAUUGAUUCAAAAUGCUUUUCUUCUUGCACUUACGGUUAUCGCAAUGAAUGAGUAAAAAUUUUGGAACAUUCGGACUUUCUAAUAGCUAGUGUAACCAAAACAGUUGUUAAACAAAUAAAAACAUUUUUUUUUAAUUCGUAAGGUAAA